UCAAAUGUUGUCUUCUUCCCCCUCCCUCCGUAUAGAAUGAAUCAAACCGAUAACAAUUUCAUUAGAAUCACAAAUUCUUCAAUGGAAUCCACCCUUUCUUUUUCCCUCGUCAUUCUUCAUUUUACUCUCACGCGUGUUUCCUCACAGUCACAAUACAUGUUACCAGACCGCUACUUCAUUAACUGUGGAUCAAACUCUGAUAUCAACUUCACCGGGAAGACAUUCAUCCGAGAUGAAAACCCCGCUACCUUUUCAGUUUCUGGUGGCCGCAAGGCCACGCAUAACAACCCCACAUCCAAUACAUCAGAAAUCUACCGAUCAGCAAGAAUUUUCACUCAGAAAUCAUGGUACAAACUCGAAGCAGAUGCAAGCAACACUUUCAUGAUGUUUACCAUUGAAUUCACACCCUCCAGUGGCUCAUCUUCUGCUUUUGUAAACGCCAUUGAAGCUUUCACAGCACCAUCUGGACCAUUCAUGCAAGUUAACCUUUCACCUCAUGUAUCAUCCGCCGGAUAUAUUGGUGAAAUGGAUAACAUAUCAUCAUCUUAUACUUUCAGCCCAAUAUAUAGAAUUAAUGUUGGUGGCCAGAGCAUUGAUCGUGACAAUUUAAGAAGAAAAUGGACACCAGAUGAUCCCUUCAUCUUCAGAAGUGAUCCAGCAAAAAACGUAACAUUACAAGGCACGUUUCAUCAUAACGGAUUUUGGGCUACCAGAUACGAUGCUCCAGCUGAUGUAUACAAAACAGCCAGAGAAUUGAGCACUAAUUCAUCGGCGAAUAAUAUUACAUGGAGUUUUGGUGUUAAUAAGAACGCCAUGUACCUUGUUCGAGCUCAUUUCUGUGACAUUAUAAGCCAAGGCCCUGACCCUCCUAACGGCGCCUUCAACUUCUUCAUUUAUGGCCAAUAUAAUAAGGAGAUUAAUCCGGGUGAAAUGGUUAAAGCGCCACAGAUUCCCUUUUAUUAUGAUUUUGUGGUGGAUUCUGUUGAGUCAGGGUUUGUAAAUAUUAGUAUCGGAGCGAUUCCUGCUUCAAGACAACCCGUGUUUUUGAACGGGCUUGAGAUCAUGGAGUUGAUGAAAUACUCGGGUGUAGUUGGUAGUGCGAAGAUUUCAGGGGUAAACGAUAUUAAGAACGGUGAGAAGAACAAGAAGAAAGUGUACAUUGUGGUUGGAUGUGUUGUUGGAGGCCUCGUGUUUGUUUUGUUAAUAGCGUUCUUCAUCAGGUUGAAGUGUCGAAAAAAGAAGCCCGCGGUCAGGACGGAAAGAGAUUCUAACACAGUACCAUCAUACGACUGGAAUUCAUAUACAAGCAAAAAUACAGAACUUACCGUUAAGCACCCAUCACAAAUUCCUAAUCGGGAUCUCAACCUACAGUUCCAGUUUGUAGAUAUACUAAAAGCGACGAAAAACUUUGAUGAGAGUUUAGUGAUUGGAAAAGGCGGAUUCGGGAAGGUCUAUAGAGGAACUCUUCCGGAUGGAAAGACAGUUGCAAUGAAACGAGGCGGAAAAGGACACGGGCAGGGUCGGCCAGAAUUCGUGACAGAAAUUAUGGUCUUGUCAAAAAUACAACACCAACAUCUAGUUACUUUAAUAGGGUAUUGUGACGAAAAAUCCGAGAUGAUACUCGUGUACGAAUAUAUGGAAAAGGGUACUCUUCAAGCUCAUUUAUACAACACUGACAAAGAUAUCGAGAAACUCUCAUGGAGUCAGAGACUCGAGAUCUGCAUUGGCGCAGCUCAAGCAUUACAUUACCUUCACACGGGUUUGGAACACGGGAUUAUUCAUGGUGAUGUUAAGUCAACAAACAUCUUGCUUAACGAAAAUUUUAUAGCAAAAGUGGCUGAUUUUGGGAUAUCUCGGUGGGAAAACGACGAGGAAAGCUUGAUGGAUAUCAAAGGGAGUUUCGGAUAUCUGGAUCCCGAGUACAUAAGUUGCAUGAAACUGACUCAAAAGUCAGAUGUUUACUCUUUUGGAGUCGUUUUGCUUGAAGUGCUCUGCGCAAGGCCCGCAGUUGAUAAUACGCUUCCUUUGGAGGAAGCAAAUUUGGCUGACUGGGCGAUCAAACAGUUGAAGGAUGGGAUGGUGGAGAAGAUUGUUGACCCGUAUCUAGUAGACAAGAUACACCUGAAUUCGUUAACAAAGUAUUUGGAAACAGUUGACAAGUGUUUGAAAAACACGGGAGACGAGCGACCGAGUAUGGUUGAUGUGUUGUGGGACUUAGAAUACGCGUUGAAGUUUCAAUCAACGGUGAUGGAUAAAGAAGCAUAUGAAGAUAGCACCAUGAAGACCUCGUUGUUCUUGUCCAUGUCGAUGAUUGACCGCUUGCCUUCUAAAUGUAACAAUGAUGAUUCUCAAGUGAGCGAGAUCUCGCUCUCAAGUUACCCGAGUGAAAGCCAAGUGUUUUCCCAGUUGAAGAUUGAUGAAGCUCAAUAGUAAAUACGAUGGCUUUAGAGCUACUGUUUGUCUAUUCAUGUAUACAUAAAUGAGGUAAUUGUAUUGUAUGUUCCCUUUUGCUCAUUACUCAUUAGUCAUUAGUCAUAUUGAGAGAGCUAUAUACCUGUUGUCAUCUAGAAACAGCAAGGAGGUUAAACUUCCGGUGACUUGAUUCGGCAGCCGCUUAUCUUCUCCGAUCAAGUUCUCUUCUUCUGUUAA